AUGUCUACAAGCGAGACUCUCCCGCUUUACAACCCAACGGCCACCGACCCAGAUGGUACCGAUAUGGCUCCCAAUACGAAAAAAAAUGUUGCCGAGUGCAUCUCUGAUGACGCACUUGUGCACUUCAAGUCAUACAAGUAUUCAAGUGUUGACAUGUCGCCAGUCUCGAAAUACGUUCUCGGUCCCUUCUGGAACGCCUCUGUCAACCUCCUGCCACUAUGGAUCGCACCCAACAUGGUCACCCUUUUGGGUUUCUGCUUCAUUCUCACAAACGUUGCUUUCUGUGCAAUCUGGAUGCCUGAUCUGGUUGGACCGGCUCCAUCAUGGCUAUACUUCAGUUUCGCGUUCGGUCUCUUCAUGUACCAAACAAUGGAUAACCUCGACGGAAAGCAAGCUCGACGAACCGGAACCUCCAGCGGCCUCGGCGAACUCUUCGACCACGGUAUUGACUCUCUGAACUGCACGCUCGGCAGUCUGCUCGGAACCGCUUCCAUGGGCCUGGGAACCUCUACGGCUGGUAUUGUCACGGCUCUCUGCCCUUGUCUGCCUAUGUUCUUCUCGACCUGGGAGACCUACCACACGCACACGCUCUUCCUCGGAUAUAUCAACGGACCUACCGAGGGUAUUCUUAUUGCCUGCGCAAUCAUGAUUAUCUCUGGAAUUUGGGGACCUGGUGUCUGGGCUAUUCCUCUGGCUAAUGGCGUCAAGGACCGCCUUCCUGGUCUCGCUGAGCUCCUUGGUGAGACCAGUUUCAAGGACGUUUGGGUUGGCUUGAUCAUUGGUUCUCUUGUCUUCACACAGAUCCCCUUCUGUGUUCUGAACGUUGCCAAGGCCCGCAGAUCCCGAGGAGAGCCUAUCCUCCCUGUCUUCCUCGAGUGGAUUCCCAUGGGCGUUUACACCGUCUCGAUCGCUGCUUGGAUCUUCUCCCCUUACAGCACCAUUCGAUCUGAGAACCACCUCAUGCUCUUCUGCUUCAUUAUGUCAUUUGUCUUCGGCCGUUUGACAACCAAGAUCAUUCUCGCCCACCUGACCCGCCAACCUUUCCCCUGGUGGACCGCCAUGCUGUACCCCCUCAUUGGUGGUGCUAUCCUCGGAAACUUGCCUCGUCUCGGAUUCCCUCAAAUCAGCGCUCAGUUCGAACUUUUCUACCUUUGGGCUUAUCUGCUCUUUUCUAUGGUCAUCUACUUCCGCUGGGCCUGGCUCGUUGUUACCAGCAUUUGCAACUACCUCGGCAUCAACGCCCUCACCAUUCCCAAGGAGAAGCAGAUCGCCAACAAGGCGGCUCAGGCUGCCAACAAGCUGCAUUAA